AUGAAUAAACCAGCAGUUAUCCCAAAAACGGCCGAUGUGAAUUCCAUUAUGGUGGCUGCACUCAGCCACGUCAUAAGCGGCGGCAACAACGAUGGUUCUGUGAUUGGAGAGCGCCUGGCGGAGGAAGAAGUAUGCGGCCGUUGUGGAAUGCAAACUCCGGAUUGUUUAGGGUGUGAGUUUUUCCAAGCAGUGAAGAGAAAACGGAAGAGUGAGUAUAGAGGGGUUAGUUUACGGCCCUCGGGGAAAUGGGCUGCGGAGAUAAUGGUUCCUGGGAAAGAGCGGAAGUGGCUUGGGACUUUCGAGACGGAGGAAGAGGCCGCUAGAGCUUACGACAUCGCCAACCUACGGUAUCGAGGAAAGUUGGCGAACACAAAUUUUCCUGCGGAGGAGUAUCUGGAGGUUCAACCACAAGAAAGCUACCCUUCAUUACAGACUCAAGAACUCACACCUAUAUUUUUAGCUGUAAGAUUAGUCUGUAUCUUUAUCAUGGAACACGACAUUCACACCAUUGUUGAUUUCGCUACUUUGGUGUCUACUCUUUGGGUCAUUUACAUGAUCCGAUACAAGCUAAAGGCGACCUACAAUGAAGAUCUAAGUAGUUUUGACACAUACUAUGUCCUGGUCCCGUGUCCGCUUCUUGAUCUGGUCACAUACCCACAUACUUAUCAUUCUCAUUUGAGCAAAGUCAUGUGGGCGGUCUGUGUCUACUUGGAAGCAAUUGCAGUGCUUCUUCAGUUAACUAUGAUGCAGAAAACAAAGAUGAUUGAACCAUCUACCGCGCAUUAUGUGUUUGCACUCGGAUUUGCAAGAUUUUUGGGAUCUGCUGCCUGGAUCAUUCAGGUGUAUGCGUUUGCUGGGGCGUAUCUGUUUUUAUUGGGAAGUGGUUACUUUUGGCUACCAGCAGUCUUGAUAGGAUAGGGGGUUCAAACUUUCAUCUUAGCCGACUUCUAUUACUACUAUGUUAGAAGGUGA